AUGCGGUGUGUAUUGAUUGAUUUUGCGGAGGUACGACCUCUCUGGCGACAUGAUUAUAAAGAGAGGUCUGGGUACAAAGUGUUAAAACAUUAUUUACUUUCUCUGCCUCGAUUGUUACGGGGACUGUUACGAAAGGGAAUUUACCUGCGUCAGGGAAUUUCUUACGAAGAAGAAAAGAAGAGUGCACGCAAAAAUUUAAGAGUUAUGAAAGAACAAUCAAAGCAAAAACUGGGCUCAUUGUCUAAAAAGAAAGGAAAUAAUGUAAAGGGGAAGACAGAAAAAAAGCAGAAACAAAAAGCUAGUAGUGUAAAAACAUUGAGAAAACUGCCCUCUGCAAACAACCCUUCUGAUAGUGAUCAAUCGGAUAGCAAAGAUGAAAGAAUGUCAUCUAUAGGGCAGCUUAUUGAUGCUGCGAAGUUGAUUGAUAAGAAACCUUGUAAGAACAAAAGACGGUUACGGUCAAAUGAAGAUCAAUCUUCGGAUGCACCAUUGGACAAAAAGAAAAAGACUAAGGGUAAGUCUGUGCAAAAUGACGGGAAAAAAAAUGAUGCUGAUGUGAACAGUACAAUAUACGCAGCAUUGGCUGCUGACAAUUUAACUGAUGAAGGUAAAAAAGAGCUUAAAGGCAUUAUGGACGAUUUCGAUCCAAAAUUACUUCAAGGACUGCUUUCACGGUUAGCAAAAUUGGAAAAGUAUAGGGGUGGUAAUAAUGAGAAGGAGAAUGCAGAAUCAAGUAGUACAGAAGAGCAGAAAGCAUCUGUAUUGGAAAAGAAAGAACCAGAAUCAAAAGAUUCUAAUACUGCCCAACUCAAUCAAAAUUUAUACGACUAUCCACCCAUCCUGCCUCACAUGUUUUAUCAAAAUCCACUAAUGAUGCAGAUGUAUUACACACAGUACAUGUUAAGUCAAUUUCCCGGAACUGCUUCAUUCUCAAAUGGUACCAUUGGUGAAUACCAACAUGGAGCCAGCACGUUUACAGGGCUGCCAUCUUCCUCAAAGUCUGUUGAAACCAAUUCAGUAAAAAAGCAAUACGACAACGAGUUUCAUGAAACAGACAAGGGAUCUUCCAUUGUGACAACUUCAUCAACAGAUUUGAGAAAAUCUACGUCUCGAAACUCUGUAAUUGCUGAAGAUAAACGAAAUGAGAUGAGUGAAGAACGUUUUUAUUCAUCUACACAAACGUCUGUUCCUUAUGCAGUACCAUGUAGUGUUGUAAAAGAUACAAUGAAUGUUACUGUAGUUGAGUCUGUUUCACAACAGCCAAUGCCUGAUAAAUACGAGAACUUAGACGUUUCUCAGAAAUCCGAUUGUAGUGCGGAAGAGCAGGAUGGUAAAAGAACUUGCAGUAAAAGUUCUGAAGACGUUGAUGUUGUCACAGAAUACAACAAUGACGAGAUUGUCAAAAACAGUGACGAUAAUGACAGCAAUAUGUCGGCAGAGUUUAAUGUGCAAGAAGAAAAAGUGAAAGAAGAAGACCUGCCCGAAUCGUUGAGUAAAUUUAUAAAGCCAACAGGGACAUCUCCAAGACCUUCCUUCUUGAGAUUUGUUGAUGAUAUAAAUGACCCAUUAAAGAGUGGCAUAAAUGAUGGUGAACCAUCAAACAGUAAACCUUCCAUGAGCAAAGCAGAAACAUUGCAGAGUAGUGUGAUCACAAGUUCUGUGGCUAAAGUGAAAGAAAAACCAUCCAAUAAUGUCGAGGUCAUCGCUAUUUCAGAUGAAGAAGAUGAAGAUAAAUGUGAAAAGUCAUACCACACACUAUUUUCUGUCAAAGAGCAGGAAAAAGAAAAAGUAAAAACUGCAGAAACAAAAAAGAUAAGCAUUGCUGAAUUUUUAGCUGGCAUACCUCCAAAUUUACGAACAAUGCUGGACAAAGGGACUACAACACUGUCAAGCAUACUGGCCACUGCAAUUCGUCAACAGCAUCGAAGCGGUGAUACUUUAGAAAUCAAUGCUUCCCUGAAAGGGUUGUUGGCUGGUGUUAAUGCUAGUCUUACACCGGCAUUAGAUCCAGGUCCCAGUAGCAUUCCGAAGUUAAAAAAAACAGCGAAUAGUCCAAAAAAUGUAGUUCAAUAUGAAAGCAUUCCAUUCCCUGAAUCUUCACGAAAUUUGUAUUUACAAGACGAAGAUGGGGACACAAUCCUUCAUAUAGCCAUUGCAAAGGAAGAUGUGAAGUUAUCUCUCAACAUUAUCAAAAGAAUGAAGGGUUUUCGAAUGGAUAUCAUGAAUACAUUAGGACAGACGCCGCUCCACAUGGCUUUGUAUGUUCAUAAGACGGAGAUAAUCGAUGCCUUAUUGCAUCAUGGCGCUAAUGUCAGCAUUUUGGAUGGUCAUGGCAAUUCAGUGUUGCAUAUUGCAUGCGAAGAAAAUUCCCAGGUCAUGCUUGAAUGUUUGCUCAAAUUUGCAAGUACAUCACGUGAUGUAUAUAUAAAAUUUUUUCAUAUGUUGAAAGGAAAGAAUAACCAAGGCCUAGCAGCGAUUCAUAUCGCUAUCCAAAAAGGAAACAUGGGUGUUAUUGACCGCUUGAUAAAGUUUGGUGCAGAACUGAACAUUCAGGAAGAAACUUCAGGCGCUACAGCCCUGGUGAUGGCGCUGCAAAGAUAUGACUGGGUGUUGGCACGACGUUUUAUCGAAGAAGGAGCUUCAGUGAACAUUCCGACUUAUUCAGGGUAUUAUCCUCUUCAUUAUGCUGCGCAGGCUGUCAAUAUGCCCAUGGUGAAGUUGUUGAUAUCCCACGAAGCUGAGAUGGGAAGCAAAGCUGUAGAAUGUCCGGAUGUCAGUGAAAUUUCGAGAGAGAUAAAACGUCUGCUUGAGAAAGAGAUGCGGAAAAGGCGUCGAAAACGGCACCAAGAAACUCAACGCAAAUCACCGUAAAGUUUUAUAUACCACGUCUCACCACUAGCACACACUACUUCUUGCAUUUCGUACGCCUAAUAUCUUUAAACAAAGGAUACUUUCAUCAAGGCGUAACAAAAUAUAGCGUUGAAAUGUAAAUAUGCGCACAAUAUUUUUGAGCUCCACAAUCUGCUUAAGGAUAUGUAAAGAAAACGUGUAUGUUUUGAGUAAUUACAAUUUUAGUGAGAUGAGUUUAAGAACGCACCUAUGUGUAAACUCUGUAUAUAAUUUAAUUUUUGUACCUGUGUGUCAUUGUAGCAAUUGAAUGCAUAUUCUGUACAAAUAUAUAUUUAAAAUGCCAGAAAUAAAUUUAUUAAAAUAAUAUUGA